CACGACCCGCCAAAGAGACUUCAAUUUCACUAUUCCAUUAGGUGCAGGUGCCCAGCCAUGCGUUAAUAUGUGGGAUGAAGGGUGCAUCAACGGCCAACUCCCUGGAUCAGGUGGUGACGACGACUACCUGAACGGGAAUUUCAACCCCGGUAAACGCUGCGUCAACGUAUGGGACGAGGGGUGUGUCAACGGACAGCUGAACGGGGCUGGUGGAGACGACGACUACCUGAACGGGGGUUUCAACCCCGGUAAACGCUGCGUCAACGUGUGGGACGAGGGGUGUGUCAACGGACAGCUAAACGGAGCUGGUGGUGACGACGACUACCUGAAUGGCGGUUUCAACCCCGGGAAACGCGCGCUACAAGCCUGGCUUCUAAAAGUGCACAAAUCAAAAUCACACCAAUAAUGCAGUUGCAUUGUAGAAAAAAACAUAAAUUAUACGUAGA